AUGGCUAAUGCGUUGAACAUACCUGGGUUCUACUUUGACCCAGAAAAGAAUCGGUAUUUCAAAGUCACCACUCAAUCUGUAACGCAUGCUGAUCAGAAGUACGGAAGAGAGAAGAUAAGAGAUGACCAGGAGAAAUCCCGCCAUAAAAAUGAGCAGGCUCAAAUUUGUGAGAUAAGGGGAAAGCGGCUGCACGAAGUCGAGUUUCGGUUGAUGAACCCCCUCGUCAGAGCCUUUCCUGAAGAAUUGGCCAAAUACUGUCUUUCAGAUGGAGGGGUCAAUUUUGACAGCUACCAAGCAUUGAGUAACACGUAUGCAGUCUUCAAACAUGGGGAGGAGAUAGAAGAUUUUGAGUAUGUUGAAAAGAGAGGUUUUUGGUCAGACGUCACACCCACUAUCGGUGCUGUUCCCCAGAAGGCAAAAUUUAUUACUUUAUUGCCUUGUUCAAAUGCUGCAAUUGUGGUCACGAACUACCUCUGUGUAUUGCUAGUCGAGUUACAGGGUGGUGCCAGAUACAUACACAGAAGGGAUUUGGCAGCGGGGGCCGAAAGCGAAGUAGUUGCUGUGCAUCUGAGAGGGAACAGCCUCUGCAUUUUUGGGAAACCGAUCAACCAAACAGACACAGCAUUCAUUGUCAUCAACCUCUCCAAUGAGCCCCCGCUAUUGACUCACACUUUUCAUUACUCAGGUCGAAAGCACGAAAUUCUCGACGCUAUCGCUAAUGACUCUGAGCAAGUGUUUUUAGCACAGAAAAAUGUUCUCGUUGCAUCGACAACCUCGGACCGGAAGACCACUGCUCCCCGCUGGCAUACUCUGUACAAAGCUAAAAGUGAUAUUAUGUCUCUGGAAAUGGACUACACAUCCUCAACCUUCCAAAGUAUCCCCACUCGAGGUUGGUUAGGAACACGAAAUGGAGAAGUCUAUCAGUGGAAAAAUUCAUUGGAGAACAAAAACUCCAGCGCAAAACUGAUCUAUCCUUUGCGCGACUUGAGCGUUUUGAGUUUAAAAGGCAUCAAUGAUGACUACCUCUUGGUUUCCCUUGUUGGCAAACAGGCGCAAGUCUUGUACAUUUUACCAAAGAAAGCUCACAAACUCACAAGCCGCCGCCAUCCCGCGGUGCUUUCACUAAGAACAACGUUUAGGAACUUUUCAAAAGAAACUGAAAUCAUUGAAGCUAGUUCUGAUGGUCGCUUUGUUAUUUAUGGGCAUGUUGGCGAUAUAUCCAGCGGCGGUGGGUUUGAAGUGUUUUCUACGCUAGCCAGCGAUAAUCUUGCUAACAAGAGACACCCCGAUACGGUGACACCGGUGUAUUUUCCGUUAAGAACCAUGCAUCAAUGUUUCCCUCCUUCGACCUUAGAUUCGGUUCGCUCACUGCUUCGGGUUGAAUUACACGAUGUUCAGAAAGGAAACCUCUAUUUCGGCCAAAUGUCUUCCAAGGAUGGCAUCGCGGUAUCCUUGCUCACUGAAGAUUUUGAUACUGCGGGCAUCAGUAUGAGAAACUCACGUUUGCUGUAA